AUGAUGGAGCGAGGCAACAGCAAAUAUAAUAAGAGAACGGAUAAAAAUGUGGUUCCUAUUUCGGCAGAGCAUGCAGCUGCGUUCAGUGAAUCUAGAAAUAAUCAACUGAAAGCUAUGGAACUGAUUGAAAUGAAUAACAUUCACCUGCAAAACCAUCAUCAUCCUAGUUGUAAGGUCAGUCAGAGUCAUCUGCCCAAUAACAUCCCGAAUACCUAUAAUCACAAUGACAGUGAUGAUAUUUGA